AUGAACUUCUCUUCCUACAUCGUCUUGAGCACCCUCGUGGUGGCGGGCGUCGUCGCACAUGCAUUUGUCGUCCAUGAGCAGUUCUACCCAGCCGUGAUCUACCUGUCAACGGACAAGAUGUGCCUAGCAGUGAUGUAUAAUUUUGCGUUCGCGCUCUUCCUGCUGCUGGGAAAAAUCAUCUUACGUGUCUUCAUCGGCACGCUGCGAGACGUGGAGGUGGAGCAGCUGGUGGAUUCGGGUCGGGGCUUCCUGGCAGACACCAUCCUCUUUCUCGUUUUCUAUGCCCCCACGAUCGACAACCGCGAAGUGGGAACCGUCUUCCUGAUUCAGUAUAUCUGCUGCGUGAUCUUCAUGAAGGUUUUCCACCUCACCACGCAAAUCCGCGUCUCGCACAUGUUCGAGGUCGGGGUGCCGCGGCUGAUCGUGAACAUCAAGCUCGUCGGGCUCAUGGCUCUGCUGCUCGGCUGCGACCUGCUGGCGCUGAGCUACUUUUACAGCGUGGCGUCGAAGUCGUCCACCUUCUUCACUUGGAUCCUUUUUGAGGCACUGACGAUGUGCAGCGUCGUUCUGGUCUCCAUGUGCAAGUACUCCAUCCACAUGAUCGAUUUGAGGCUUGAGAAUGGUUGGCCGGCCAAGUCUGUCUGUCUUUUCUACGUGGACCUGAUCCAUGACGUGGUUUCCAUGACGCUGUUCUUGGCCUGGUGCUGA